AUGUGCACAUCGGCUUUGUGGCUAGGGUGUGUUGGCUUGCUGUUCGCCACCUCUCAAAGCUGCUUUCAGUGCUUUGUUGACGUGCAAGACAGUCUUCGCCUGUGUUGGGGUCAUAUUUUGACUGAACACAAUGUUAGGAGCGUUGACGCCUGCUUCAGGAAGCUGGACCGCAUAUUCAACCACCACGAGGGAGUACUUGAGGCUGGCAGAGUGGGUGAAGGCUAUGAGAAACAGCUGAAAGAAAUUAUGAAUGCAGAGAUUCUUCCCAUGGCAGAGGAGUUCGACAAAAAGCUGAAUACGGACACAGUGUAUGAGGAAAGGUUGCAGACAGCAGCAGACAAUUUCAUCGCAGCUGCCUCCAAACUGCCUAGAGGUGAGACAUGUCUCUGGUUGUUUCCCUCCCUGUGUAUUAGUUUCAUGCAUCCAUCAGGUUUCCAGAGUGCAGGUGCAGUAUACAACUGUAUCACCUGUCAGUAUGACUCCUGUGAAUUCCCUCUCGACUGUCCAGUCAAAGAAAUUAAAGUAACCGAGAACAGCAGGAGCCGAGUGUGGUGUGACGUGCCAUUUCGCUUACCAAGUGACAUCGAGGUGAUCUGGAGGUUUGCAGAGGAGGUGAAAACCCAGCAGGUGGAUCAGUUUAAAGAAGUGACGGCGGGAGUGGACAGGCUAUAUUCAAUCCCUUCAACCAGCUUGCAGCAUCAGGGCACCUACCAGUGUGAGAUCUACUCAGGCCAACGCUCCAUUGUCAGACUGUACUACUAUCUCACAGUAACCCCCCAGGUCGUGGCAGGCCACACAGAGCUGCAGGAGAUAUUCGACCUGUCUCUGCUCCCAGGAGGGCAGUUACUCCCAGCGCCUGGUGGUCCUCCCCGCUCCCUCCUCCUCCACCCCUCAUCACUGCUUCUCACCGCCUGUUUAACUGCUUUGCUUCUGCUGCUCUUCCUCUCCCUGGGGGCUCUGUUUUGGUCAUCAGCACCAGAGCUAACAAGCCACGCUGAAGAAACAGAUGAAGAUGAAGAUUUAGGGUUCUGA